AUGAACUUCAACAAAACCACCACGAAGUUUGAACAAAGCACCGCCCCCGGCUACACCACCACAUUCGUUGAGCAGUCCCGCUCUCCCAACCUACCCAACUACCCCGACUACUCCAUUUCCUCUUCGUUCUCCUCUUUUAUGCCCUCUCCCAUGGUUCUCGGGCAGCUGCACACAUAUGAAAUGACCCCGUUCGCCCAAUCUGGCCAUCCUCAAGAUGACACGGCUCACAGCGACGAAGAUACGGAGCAAUACCGGGAGUCACCUCCACUGGAGCCGGAAUUGCUGUACAUGGAAAGCAUCGCUCUUUUCGAUCGGGUCGUGAUGCCCAUGGAUGAUAGCGCUCAUCCCCUCCUGGACUCACCUGCACCCUUCUUGCAGCCUCUUCCCGCUCACGAUUUCUUCACUGAUGAUGAAGAGCCGUUGCAACGGCCCGAAGCUUCCCCCAUUCCAUCGUAUCUUCCGCUCGAGCCAGAGUACCCACCGAGCCUGGAAUCGUCGGAUCCUGUUGCAUGCGAUAUCUCACUGGUUUCUUCGGCAUGCACUGUUCGGAAUGGGGAGAGAGAAGAUGAGGUGGCAAGUGAGCCAGUGACUCAUCAUACAGGAAAGCGGAAGAGAAGAUCAUCGGAAGUUGAAAGCAGUGACGGAAGGGCGGAGGAGAAGCGCGAAGAGUCUAUGCCGCGACCUACGUUUAAGCGUGCAAGGACGGAUGGGUGGGAUGAGACGGAAGCCAUCUCCGAGAUGUUCGGCAGGAAACAGGGCGAGAAAACCACGACCCUCGGAAAGCGGCAACGAGAGGACGGGGAUGAACACUCCGUCAUGGACAAGGCUGUACAGACUGUGUUCUCGUCGCAAGAAGACUUGCAUGAACGAGGGCCGGCGAUCUCAAGAGCUUCAUCAAGCGCGGGAAAGAGUCCAGGCCCGAUGAUCAAGAGGAGGAAGUUAGGAUGCUGCGGGGCUGCGACAUCGAAGCCUAAGGAGGAGGGGGACAACGGUUGA